CUGAGAUGCAGCCUGGGCCGGCACCUCCGCUGGGCGAGCGGCGAACCGGCAAGGCAGGCAUAUCGGCAGCGACAGUGACAUUGCGCCAUCGCUGGGGUAAGGAAGUGCUCAGGAACUUCAGAGACGACCGAUAACGACAAUGCUUCCGCGCUAUCGCUUUGGUUUGUUUCAGGGGAACCACAAAAACAAGGAGGAAGGGGGGAGGUUGAGGAAAGGAGCUGUUCCUUUUUUUCUUUUUCUUUUUCUGUUGUGUUUGCUGCAUUUAGCUAUGAUACCCCAUACGUGUUUGGAUACGCUGUCUGGACGAGAAUAUUCGCCACUCGACAGCGACAGUGCUUUUACGCCAUUGCUGGGACGGUGUGUUGGACCGAGAGCAGAUACUGGCGACAAUGCUACCGCGCUAUCGUUCAGCCUGCCUCGUGGGCGUUUUAACGGAUUUGAUUUUUCUUCUUCUUCAUUUUCUUCUUAUCAAUGCGGAAUUGUCCCUUCCUCAAUCAGCGCAAGACAGCUUGUUUUGAGCUAACAGGAAGAGGAACAGCGCAAGAGAGGGAUACCACGGGCCUUUCUCUGCUAGACCCGGGGGAAGGGGUUGGGAGCCAGAAUUGACUGUUUCUCCCUCUCUAAACUUGCUGCGAGAAUACAUCGUGAUGUGCCCCGUCUGCAUUUCUUUCGAGGUCUAGUUGCUUACUGUCUUCAUGCAAGCUUUACCAACUUUGAUAUCAGGGAUGGAUCCCGGGUAUAAAUGGGUGCU